GUGGCGCGUCUGAUUACGGGUCCGAAAAGUUUACCAGUCGUCUUAUCGUGAUUUGCUUGGUUCUUGUUUCCAUACGCCGACUUAUGGUGACAUUCAUUCUGAUUAGGCAUGGCGAGUCGACAGACAACUUGCAUUCUGUUUGGGCAGGGUGGAAGGACGCCCCCUUAUCAAAUCAUGGUAUGAAACAGGCUAAAGCCCUCGGAGGAUUCUUUUCAGAUACUGACUUUGUCGCAAUACACACAUCCGAUCUCAAACGUGCCUACCUGACUGCUCAGGCUAUCUUAGAUUGUCAGGUUUCGAAAGAGGCCCCGACGUUGAGCCUCUUGACCUCCCACCUCCUUCGAGAGCAGCACUUCGGCGUCGCUGAAGGGAAACCGUACACAAAGUCAAGGGCAGAUGUUGUAUAUAGCGACCUCUACGCCCAGGGAAUAUACCCUUCUCCACGAGAUCGAGGCGAAUCGUUUCCAGAAGGCGAGAGUAGGAACGACCUUCGCAGGAGGGCAGAGCAAGCUGUUGACGAAAUUCUGCUUCCAUACGUCUGGCAAUCCGCUAGAGACGGCACCACUGGAGUUCGCGUGGCAUUGAUAAGCCAUGGUCUCUUUAUCAAGGAGCUCAUAGCGGCACUUGUUGGUAGGGAUGCUCAAGGGAAGACGACCGACUUAUACUAUAAAGGUCUGAGGAACACAGCCUGGGCUCGUGUGACUGUGGAGGUGCAGAGUCUUAGCCGAAGGAAGCACGAUGAUAUCAAUUCUCUUCCGCUCAAGGUUAGGCUGACUGACUUUGAUCGAAAGGACCAUCUGAAGAAUGUGGUGCGGCAACAGGGAGGAAUCGGCAGCUCUGCUCAUGAUCCAAACCAAAAGGAUAUUCGCUCCUUUUUUGCAGGAGGAUCAUGACGAGCCAAUUGUUUAUAGAUACGCAGGACGAGCGUUGACGAAGAGAUGGGACACUCUGCAGUUACUGGAUUAAUAGAGUGUGAUAUAGAGUCAUCGUAGAACUUGUAUAUACAACACGAUCUGAAGCGGAGAAAUUAGUACGUUGAACGAGCAGAAGAUACU